CUCCUCUCUAAAACCCAAAAAAUCAGUACUACCAUUUCCUCUGUUCCUUAAACCCUUAAAUUCGCCGACCAAACUUCGGUGAUGACAAAAUUAUCGAAGCUAAAUGUAUCGAACCCCAAAGUCUGGGUUGUGAUCGGCGUCGGUGUUGCCGGAAUAUUGAUCCUGGCUGAAGUUCAACGGCGACGAUUUAAAGCCAGAAACUCAAUCAAAGAAGAUUUUGGCGCGUUCAUUGAACGCAUUGAGCUGCUUCCGUUUCCUCAACCUCCUCCUCCCGCUGCUCCACUUUCCCUUUCUGCCCUCACUUUUGCUAUCAAAGACAAUAUUGAUGUGAAGGAAUCUGUGACGGGUUUCGGUAGUCCGGAGUGGAAGCGGACACAUGAGGUGGCUACGAAGACAGCCAUGGUCGUGACUGCUCUUUUGAAGAAUGGUGCUACUUGUGUUGGAAAGACCAUCAUGGAUGAAUUUGGACUCGGGGUUACUGGAGAGAAUCUGCACUGCGGUACUCCAACAAAUCCAAAAGUGCCAUCUCAUAUUCCAGGUGGCUCAUCCAGUGGCUCGGCUGUUGCUGUUGCAGCUGAACUAGUUGAUUUUGCUCUAGGUACUGAUACGACUGGGUGCAUUAGAGUACCAGCAGCAUUUUGUGGUGUCUUUGGGUUUAGACCGUCACAUGGGGCCAUAUCAACUAUUGGCAUCCUGCCUGUAUCGCAAAGUUUGGACAGUAUUGGAUGGUUGGCCCGUGAUCCAUCUGUGCUGCAUCGAGUUGGACAUGUUUUACUUCAGUUAGCAUCAGUUGAACCUAAGAGGACAAGAUGCUUUGUCAUAGCUGAUGAUCUUUUUCAGCUGUGUAAAGUACCAAAGCAGAAGACGAUGUAUGUUGUGAGCAAAGUAAUAGAAAAAUUAUCUGGAUACCAGACACCGAAACAUCUGAACCUUGGGCAGUAUAUUGCAUCAAAUGUACCCAGCUUGAAAGGUUUCCGUGAAGAAUCAAUCAACCAGCAAAAUGGGAUGUCUACCCUGACGGCUCUCUCUUCUGUGAUGUUUCUUCUUCAAAGAUAUGAGUUUAAAACAAAUUAUGAAGAAUGGAUGAAAGCGGUGAAACCGAGAUUAGGUUCUAAAGUCUCUACNGGGUGGGGUUUGAGAUGUUUGUGGUAUCUAUUUGAUCUUCAUGGAAUAUGCAUCUCAAGGACUCACUUUUUUUAUUUGAAGAACAAUAGCAUAUUGGUACUUCCGACGACCGCAGAUCCUCCUUCAAAAUUAAAGUCAAGGAAAGGUCUAUCGGCUGAAGUUCAUGAUAGACUAUUUGCCUUAUUGAGCAUUGCCAGUAUGUCAGGUUGCUGUCAGGCUUCCAUUCCUUUUGGAGAACAUGAUAACUAUCCUAUAUCCCUGUCAUUUAUUGCAUCUCAUGGGACUGAUAAGUUUCUACUUGACACUGUCUUGGAUAUGUAUUCGUCUCUUCAAGAGGAAGUAAGCAUACAAUCCAGUGCAUCACCAUUAUCGGAUACCAAUGGGAGCAUUGAUGCAUCUGAACUUUUGAAAGAAAAGGGAAAUGCUGCAUAUAAGGGCAAGCAGUGGAACAAAGCCGUGAGCUACUAUACAGAAGCAAUAAAAUUGAAUGAUAACGCCACAUACUAUUGCAACAGGGCAGCUGCUUACUUAGAAUUGGGGUGCUUUCGACAAGCUGAAGAGGACUGUACUAAAGCAAUUUUACUUGAUAAAAAGAAUGUAAAGGCUUAUUUGAGACGGGGAACAGCUAGGGAGUCGCUUCUCUUCUAUAAAGAGGCUCUACAAGAUUUCAGACAUGCACUCGUUCUGGAACCGCAGAAUAAGGUUGCCAGUCUGGCUGAAAAGAGACUCAGAAAGCUAAUUAGUUGAUCAAAGUGGUAUAAGAUGAUGAGAGGGAAUACUCCGAGAGGAAGAUUAGCGGAUUCAUUUUUGCUUCUUUCUAUACCGCUUGAGGCCGAGGAUAAUUUAUAGGGACAAAUUUUCCUGAGAAUGCUUGGCUUGGAAACCAAGCUUCAAAAUAGAAGUGCAUGUAUUUUCUCAUGGAUAUCUCGUUUUCGUUGUCAAGUCUCCAAAUGUAAUUAAUUCAUCCAUUGGAGAAAAAUGGUGGUAGCAUUGGCUAAAAAUCAUCUUGCUGCCCUUCCCCUGCCCAUUUGAUAAACAGAAUUUCUAAGGAUAAACUUUGGAGCUGGGUUUACACGUUGGAUGCAAAGACAUGGUAUUCUCAUUAUGA